AUGGGCGAUGAAGGCGCGGCCAGGGACACAGGGGCUGGUAGUGUGCGCCGCCCCUCUCAGUCUUCUGCGCACCGCCCCUUUCGGCCUCGGUCUCGUGCAUACAGCCUCGGUAGUUUCAAAUUCCGCACGCCCUCUGUGAGCGGAGCCACUCCGCAGCGCAAGACAGGGGCCUUGGGUUCCGGAGAAGAGCAGUCCUGCCCCGAGACACCGGGCAGCACGCGGCAGGUAGACCACACCUUGUCGAAUGCUGCGAGCAGCGAUCCCGAGUCCUCACGGUUCAGCUUUUCAGGGUUGUCGGGCAACAAAGUGAUUCCCAUCUACUCCGAAUUGUUCGCAGCCUCUGUGGGCAACGUAGACUGGCUUCGGUUCUGUCUAAAUCGGGAGAACCAGGAGAUCACAGUUGAUGACAAGGGCUUCACAGCCAUCCACUUCGCAGCCCUGAAAAGAAAGCUUUCCUGCCUUCGGGUCCUGGUAGAGGAGUACAAGUUUCCUGUGGAUCUGCCUACCAACAAAGGCCUGAGGCCCCUGCACCUCGUCAUCCAUAAAGACAAGUCGGACCUCCUCCCCUGCAUUGACUACCUGCUUAAGAAAGGAGCAGCCAUCAACUCUCAGACAUGCCAUGGCUUCACACCCCUGCACCUGGCCGCCCGCAAUGGCCUGCUGGGAUGUGUGAAGGUCCUGGUACAGAGAGGAGCCAAUGUGCAUGCCCAAGAUGCCAUGGGCCACAAACCCAUCGACCACUGCAAACUAUGGAACCACCGCGACUGUGCCCGGUUCUUGAAAGAUGCCAUGUGGAAAAAGGACAAGAAGGACUUUGCCCGAGAGAUGGAGAAACUGAAGACCCUGAAGGGGAAGCUGACCAUUUUGGAGUACCGAUACCUGACUGAAUGUCAAAAAGAACAACAAAUUCUGAGAGAGGCUCAUUUCAGAACAUGGCUCCAAGGCAAGCUGCUAGGCCGGCCCCAGAGCUCUGCUGACCCCAAGCAACAGACUGGUAUCCAACCUUGUUCAUUGGCUCUCUUCAAGACUCUCAGACCCCAGAUUUCCAAAGGCCUCUUAUUUUAUCCUUCCGUGGAGGCUCGACUACAAAACUUGCCCCCACCCGUAGUGCUACCCAAGCUUGUCUACAAGCAGUCCACCAUCAGUCGGCCCAAACUGUGGAAUCUUAGCACUAACCCUAACAGGUCCCCAACCACAAAGAUUGGCUACCCUCAGGGCAUACGCCUGGGUGUGCAUCCAGACCCUUAUAAGGAGCAUGACUUCUGUAGAUUCCUGAAAGUGACUCAGAAUUCUCUUGGAGGUGCACGGCUGCGCACAGCAGACAAUCACUUGGUGACACCUGUACCCCAGCUGCCUUUUGAGGUGAUGAUCCGGGUGCUGUGCCCAGAGUCUCAACCCGGCAGGAUGAAAGUGCCCCAGGGCUUGUAUCCAGUUAGCAUCCUCAACGUGCCCCAGAAACGGCAUUUGAGAGAUUCCUCUUCCAACACUUUGGCUAUGAACCUGCGUGAGACAUUUGAUGAAGCCUUCCUGGCUACCCUGAAAGCUUGCCGGACUCAAAUGGCCCCACCCUCCAAGGGAGUUCUCUCAUAA